GAGCCAGUGUGUGGUGGAAGAGAUGAAGAUAAAGAGAUGUUGAAAGGGUGAGACUGUCUCAAUGCACGAGAGGAGCUAAAGCAAGCCAGUCAGAUCUUCUAAGAAAGGAUGGCUGUUAUUGAUGCCGUGCUGGAUCGUCUGCUAGAUGGACUCCUGGGUCUGGGUCGUCUCCUGUCUCCUCUCUGCUCCCUCUUUGUUCUCCUCCAGCUCUCUGCUCUGGUUGUCCUCCUCCUCCUGUCCCUCCGUGUCGUGUGUCUGCUGUGGAGCCAUGCACAGUUCACCAGACGUCUCCGGUGCUUCAGUAAACCCCCCACACAAAACUGGCUGAUGGGACACCUGGGAGAGAUGCGGAGCACGGAGGAGGGCCUGCAGGUGGUGGAUCAGUUGGUAAGAACCUACAGCCACUCCUGCUCCUGGUUUCUGGGCCCCUUCUACUCCCUGGUACGACUCUUCCACCCUGACUACAUCAAGCCUCUGCUGCUGGCACCAGCUUCCAUCACAGUCAAAGAUGAGCUUUUCUAUGGGUUCCUGAGACCAUGGCUGGGACAGAGUCUUCUCCUGAGUAACGGAGAGGACUGGUCUCGUCGUAGACGUCUACUCACUCCUGCAUUCCACUUCGACAUCCUCAAGAACUAUGUGAAGAUCUUCAACCACUCCUCCGACAUCAUGCAUUCUAAGUGGCGCCGCCUGGUGGCCGAGGGAGAGAGCCGCCAGGACAUGUUCAAUCACAUCAGCCUGAUGACUCUGGACAGUCUGCUCAGAUGUACCUUCAGCUACAACAGCAACUGCCAGGAGAGUUCCAGUGAGUACAUAGCAGCCAUAUUUGAGCUGAGCACCCUGGUGAUCGAGCGGAGAGGACGUAUCCUGCACCACUGGGACUGUCUGUACUGGAGGUCCCCAGAGGGACAGCGCUUCAAACAGGCCUGUAGUGUAGUACACGGGUUCACCAGGACUGUUGUACAGGAGCGCAGAGCACAGCUUCUCCACCGGGGGGAGCCAGAGAGCCACACUGACACCACAGGAGGGGAGGAGAAGAAGAAGAAAAGAGUAGCAGACUUCAUUGAUUUGUUACUGCUGUCAAAGGAUGAGGAUGGUCAUGGUCUCACAGAUGAGGAGAUAAAAGCAGAGGCAGACACUUUCAUGUUUGGAGGUCAUGACACCACGGCCAGCGGGAUCAGCUGGGUUCUGUAUAACCUGUCUCAGCAUCAGGACCACCAGGACCGCUGUAGAGCCGAGGUCAACGACCUGCUACAAGACCGAAAGACAGAGGACUUAGACUGGGAGGACCUGAGCAGCCUCCCCUUCACCACCAUGUGUAUUAAAGAGUCUCUGAGACUGCACUCCCCCGUGUCUGCUGUCACCAGACGAUACACGAAGGACAUGACGGUGCCAGGUGGACGGGUCAUACCACAGGGUAGCAUCUGUCUGGUGAGCAUCUAUGGGACCCAUCACAACCCUGAGAUCUGGCCUGACCCAGACGUCUACAACCCCAUGCGCUUCGACCCUGAGAACUCAAAGGACCGUUCAUCCCAUGCCUUCAUACCUUUCUCUUCAGGACCUAGGAACUGUAUAGGUCAGAAGUUUGCCAUGGCGGAGCUGCGUGUGGUGGUGGCGCUGACCUUGAGGAGGUUCCGUUUGACCCCUGGGGGGGUGGAGGUGAGGAGGCUACCCCAGCUGGUGCUCAGGGCCGAGGGGGGGCUGUGGCUGACGCUGGAGACCCUAGACGCCCCCCAGGACUAACCCCUGAACUCCUCUCUCCUCUAUGGAUCAGACAUAGAGAAAACUGAUUUUAUGAUUUUACUGUAUAAACAUACGCUGAGUAUACGAAACGUUAAGAACACCUUAACACAGUAAAAUACAUAGGCCUAAAGCCUACUAAUAAACAAUAGAAUACAUAGGCCUAAAGCCUACUAAUAAACACAACAGAAUACAUAGGCCUAAAGCCUACUAAUAAACAAUAGAAUACAUAGGCCUAAAGCCUACUAAUAAACAAUAGAAUACAUAGGCCUAAAGCCUACUAAUAAACAAUAAAAUACAUAGGCCUAAAGCCCACUAAUAAACAAUAGAAUACAUAGGCCUAAAGCCUACUAAUAAACAAUAGAAUACAUAGUCCUAAAGCCUACUAAUAAACAAUAGAAUACAUAGUCCUAAAGCCUUCUAAUAAACAAUAGAAUACAUAGGCCUAAAGCCUACUAAUAAACAAUAGAAUACAUAGGCCUAAAGCCUACUAAUAAACAAUAGAAUACAUAGGCCUGAAGCCUACUAAUAAAAACAACAGAAUACAUAGGCCUGAAGCCUACUAAUAAACAAUAGAAUACAUAGGCCUAAAGCCUACUAAUAAACAAUAGAAUACAUAGUCCUAAAGCCUACUAAUAAACAAUAAAAUACAUAGGCCUAAAGCCUACAAAAUAAACAAUAGAAUACAUAGGCCUAAAGCCUACUAAUAAACAAUAGAAUACAUAGGCCUAAAGCCUACAAAAUAAACAAUAGAAUACAUAGGCCUAAAGCCUACUAAUAAACAAUCAAAUACAUAGGCCUAAAGCUGACAAAUGAAAACAAUAGAAUACAUAGUCCUAAAGCCGACAAAUGAAAACAAUAGAAUACAUAGGCCUAAAGCCUACUAAUAAAAACAACAGAAUACAUAGGCCUGAAGCCUACUAAUAAACAAUAGAAUACAUAGGCCUGAAGCCUACUAAUAAAAACAACAGAAUACAUAGGCCUGAAGCCUACUAAUAAACAAUAGAAUACAUAGGCCUGAAGCCUACUAAUAAAAACAACAGAAUACAUAGGCCUGAAGCCUACUAAUAAACAAUAGAAUACAUAGGCCUAAAGCCUACUAAUAAAAACAACAGAAUACAUAGGCCUGAAGCCUACUAAUAAACAAUAGAAUACAUAGGCCUAAAGCCUACAAAAUAAACAAUAGAAUACAUAGGCCUAAAGCCUACUAAUAAACAAUAGAAUACAUAGUCCUAAAGCCGACAAAUGAAAACAAUAGAAUACAUAGUCCUAAAGCCGACAAAUGAAAACAAUAGAAUACAUAGGCCUAAAGCCGACAAAUGAAAACAAUAGAAUACAUAGUCCUAAAGCCGACAAAUGAAAACAAUAGAAUACAUAGUCCUAAAGCCGACAAAUGAAAACAAUAGAAUACAUAGUCCUAAAGCCGACAAAUGAAAACAAUAGAAUACAUAGUCCUAAAGCCGACAAAUGAAAACAAUAGAAUACAUAGGCCUAAAGCCGACAAAUGAAAACAAUAGAAUACAUAGGCCUAAAGCCGACAAAUGAAAACAAUAGAAUACAUAGUCCUAAAGCCGACAAAUGAAAACAAUAGAAUACAUAGUCCUAAAGCCGACAAAUGAAAACAAUAGAAUACAUAGUCCUAAAGCCGACAAAUGAAAACAAUAGAAUACAUAGUCCUAAAGCCGACAAAUGAAAACAAUAGAAUACAUAGUCCUAAAGCCGACAAAUGAAAACAAUAGAAUACAUAGUCCUAAAGCUGACAAAUGAAAACAAUAGAAUACAUAGUCCUAAAGCCGACAAAUGAAAACAAUAGAAUACAUAGUCCUAAAGCUGACAAAUGAAAACAAUAAAAUACAUAGGCCUAAAGCCGACAAAAUGAAAAUAGCAAAAUAUCCUGAUGAAAAUGCAGGUUCUCAUGAAUCGCUCUACUCAGCCUCCCUUUCCAUCUGUCUUGACUUGAGCUAUGACUCAACGUUAUCAGGACAGAGAAACCACAUACAUGCUCAUUGCUCUCUCAGAUGGAUAUAAAAUAAACCCGUACUUGUUGUUUCUCACAA